AUGGAUCAAUUCAAAUUUGAUUUUAAUAAUUAUUUAAAAACAGUUCAACCUACAAUUGUAAGAAUUAUAGUUAUUGGAAUUAUUACAUUAGGUUUUAUGGUUUUUAUGGAAGUUGGAUUUUAUCAAGAAUUUACAACAAUGACAAUUGUAGAAUGUUCUGGAAAUGGUAAAAAUGGUACAACGGAUUCAAUGUCUUUAGAUAAUUGUUUCAUAGAAGGAGUUCCAGAAUGUUUAAAUGAAUAUUUCCAUACCGAUUCAAAAUAUUCAUUAAAUUUCCCAGUUAGUCUAUUUGGUUUACAAGGUGAUCAAUAUUCUGGAUUAAUUUUAUUAAUUUCAUUUAUUUGCUUUUUAUUAGAAGUGAUAUUAUAUUUAACUUUGGAUUAUUUAUUAUAUUUAAAGAGAAAGAGAAUUCAAAAUAUUUUAGCCACUUCUAAAAUUUUCAUUGAAGGUGAAAAGAAACAUGAGGUGCGUUUAACCAUUUUCCUAUUUGUUAAUAUUCUUGUAUUUAUGGGACUAAAGUUUGUAUGGGUUUACUGGCGUAACCACCAAUAUGGCGAUAUGCCAUGCAACGGUUUAAACGUUCAUCUUUUAUUUGGAACAAAUAUGGUUAGUUCAAUUAGUCUAAUCGUUCAAUUCUUCCUUACCUAUGUCUUUUUCCCUCUAAUGUACUUUAUUGCCUACGUUAAUUUACUCUCUGAUUUAGAUUUCAAGAAUAUGAUGUCUCACCUCUCCUAUACAACCGUUAAACAAUUUAAAAAUAUUACCAUUUUCGAUAUUUUCAAAUAUCAAGAUUUAAUUGAUCAUGUUAUCAAUGAAAAGUAUCAAGAUCGUUCAGUUUUUGUAAGAUUUGUAAAAUCUCAUACUUUUACUUUUAAUCAAACUUCUGAUGAUGAAAUUUGUGAAAUCCUAUUACAACAUAAAGCUUUAAAUCCUCAUGAAUUUAAACCAAUGUUAUAUAGUGCCAAUGAAGGUGUUGAUAUUUCAAUUAAUAAUAUUGAUGAUGGUCGUAGUGAUCUUUUCGAUAAUAAUAAUAAUAAUAACAACAACAAUAGUAAUAGUAAUAAUAAUAAUAAUAAUAAUUUUAUUUCUCAACGUCAACAACAAGAACCAAAUGAAAAAACAAAAUUAUUAAAUUGA